AUGACUACCAGGACUCACCCAUACCAAGAUCAGCCUAUACCAAGACUACCAGGAACAAGAUCUAUCAGCCGAGGAUGUCAAGAUGCCGAAGUCCUCCGAGACGGAAAUCCUGAACCAGCCACACUUGAGAAGUUCGAACCAGAUGAAGAAACCGGACACACUUUCGACUACUGGUAUAGAAGGUACGGCCCAAUGAUUCGAGAGUCGAGUGUGCCAUAUAGCAAGAAAAUAGAUCUUAUUCUGUUGAAACCGGAGGAUAGCGCAUAUCGCAGGUAUGCAGAUGAUAUUCUACCGCUGCAACCACACGAGAUUGACUUCGAUUUCACAGCAGCGAAGCUACAGAAGUUAUUCGCAUCCGAGAAAACGUACAUAACCUGCCCAGCAUUGACUCCAGACAACAUACCGUUUCGAGAGUACGCUGAUAUGAUCAAGCGGAUGGACGAAGAAGCUUGCUUAAAAAAUGGAUUACACGGAGCUGAAGACUUUGCAGUUCGUCGCAAGCUCGAUACGCAAGCGGAAGACGCGCCGUUGACAAUCGAAGAUCUCGUUGCUGAAUGUGAAAAUUUCACAAUUUGA